GUUGUUUACACACACAUGUGUAGCGAUUAGAAUCUUAUAUACUAAAGAGUCAAAUUUCGAAAAAUUUGACAAAUAUAUCGUAUAAUAAAAGUAAAUUAAUGAUAUGUAUAAUUAAAUUUUCUGACUAUUAAACCUAUAUGUUAAUAGUUUUAUACCUAAUUUAUAAAUAAGUAUCGCAAAUUUUGAUGAAAUUUAAAGACAAUGGCAGAGCACAGAGGUACAUCCUUUUACAAUUCUUGUGUAAAAGUUCCAGUAGAUCCUUGUAGCAGACAACCAAAUCCUUCUUAUGAACGUAUUGGAUCUAAAAAAAGCAAGGAAGAUAAUUUUUAUAAGUGUAAAAUAAAUUUUAUGGAAAAUGAUCAACUUAUUAAGGAAUCUAGAAUAUCUGAUCCUACACAAAUUAUGGAUAACUUUUUAGAAUUUUUGGAUAGUAUACCAGAUUAUGAUCAAGUAUAUCAUUUAUCGAAUGAGCAGUUUAAACAAGAAGUUGAUCACUUGAAAAGAAAACAGAAACUAUUACUGAAAAAUUUAGAAAAUUCAUUGAUUAAUCAUGAAAAUGUAAAUGUGUCUAAAUUUUCAGUAUCUAAGUGUAAUCAAAAAUCAAAAAUUAAAAGUAAGAAUGAUAUUAAUGAUUUGAUAUUAAAUGGUAAAAAGUGUUACUUAGAAGAAUCUCGAACUCCUAGUCCUUUACUUUUUCUUUCUAGUAAAUUUAAUGGAUUGUCAGAAGACCAAGAUCUUUCGACAAAUAGUAAAAGCUAUAAAGGAAAUGGAACAAUAUGCAAGGAGAAGAUAUGCUUGAAUGAUGAAAACUGGUUGAAUGUGGAAAACAGUAAUGAUAAUAUUGAAAGUGACAUAGAUAGUAUAGAAACAAGAAGUUUGCCUGCUAAUAUUACAAAAGAGUGGCAUCCUACUGUUCCCAAACCAUUUAGUUUUACUAUGCGAGAAGAAGCAAUAAAAGAACAGAAAUGUAAAAAUUUAGAAAAUAAUAAAAAAAAUUCGCGAAGGAAACGACGCGUGAGACCAAUCCCACUGACAUCAAAAAUUCCACUUUAUGACAAAUUAUUAGCUGAAAAAGAAGAAAGGAGUCGUAUAAUUCGUGAAGAAAGCGCAUUAAACCUAAUGUCUCAGGUACGUCCUUUUAGGCUGGAAUGUGAUCGUCGAGCUUGGAGACUUUUAACAAGAUCUAGUCCAGAAAUUCGUAGUAAAAGCAUUAACACGAAUACAAAUUUUAAGGCUAAACCGGUACCAAAAAAUCUUUUCAGCACAGAAAUAUACGAUCGUAUGCUUGAAGACGAAUAUUACAGGCAAUUACAAAAACGGUUAAGAGCCGCACAAUUAAUGAAGUCCUCUUCCUUACCGCCGUCAAUGGCUAGACGAGAACGCGUCAAAUCUACGUGCAUACGUUUACGGAAUACAAAUAAAAAUUACAACGAAAACAUCGAUAAAAAUGUUUCGCAACUGACAAAUAAUAAUUUAAUGCCAUUAGAAAGAUAUAAAUCUAUGGUGCCUUUUUUACCAAUACGAGGAAGUAAUUUAGCAGCAAUCUUGAGAUGUCAAGUGUCACGAGAAAAAUUAGAACGUGAGAUAAGGGACAAAAUGGAAGAAAGACGUCGAGAACAAGCAAUAAAAAUUAAACAAUCUUUGAUUGGCCGUAAUCCAGUAUGGCGAGCUUUGAGAUGUUCAGCGAGGCAUGAACAUGAGAGAGACCUUAGUAUUCGAACUUUACUUCGUCGUGAUGAAGCGCGUGAACAGGAGGAACGUCACCGACUGCAAAUGGAAAUGAUGCUGGAUCGUGUGGCACAAAUACCAACUCUUUUUGAACGUCAUUCUCAGAGUUAUCAGUCGUUGACACAAGGAAAACAGAAUAUUAAUAGUAAAAAAAUGUUGCAACAAAAGAAAAAGAAAAAACAACAUAAACAAAUAUUAAAUUCUAUAAGUUCGUAUAUGAAUUACGAAAAUAUUUCUAGACCAGAUUCUGGAUCUUCAGCUAGUUCUUCGCGUACUUCCUUAUCAGCGAGUCAGUCUUUAAAUUCAUCAAAUACAUCUAUAUCACAAUCAUCUGGAAUGUCGAUAACGAAAUCUCAAACUUUGCUUUCAAAAAAGAAAGGUGAUCGUAGCCAGUUAAAAGUUUCUAUAAACGAGACUGCAGAGCUGAUUGAAGAUCAAAACAAAAGCGACAAAUUAUGUAAUAAUGAAUCUUUGAUCUCUAAUAAUGAUUGCAAUGAAAAUUCUUCAUAAAGUAAUAUAAUG